AUGGGUAAAAGAAAGAAAUCAUCUAGAGGACCAGUUAAGAAGAUUGUUCAAAAAUUGAAUACGAAAUUUAAUUGUUUAUUUUGUAAUCAUGACAAUUCAGUAUCAUGCACAUUAGAUAAGAGAAAUAGUAUAGGUUCAUUACAAUGUAAGAUAUGUGGCCAAAGUUUCCAAACUCGUAUAAAUGGCUUAUCACAGCCUGUUGACGUGUAUAGUGAUUGGUUUGACGCUGUAGAGGAAGUUAACGAGGGGAAAGGAAGUGAAUCUGAAGAUGAAGGAUCGAGUAGUGAUUAUGAAAGUGAGAGUGAUGAGGGAGCUAUUGGCACAACAAACGGUGGUGUUGCUGCAGAUUCUGAUGAAGAAGAAAUAGAUUCCGAUGAAGAGAGGAUAGGAAAUGUGAAACGUGGUAGAGGUGCUGUGGUAGAUAGUGAUGAUGAGUAA